AUGUGGUUCGUGGACCCCUGGGCAACACACACACCUGAGGAAGAGAGUGAAUUAGAAUGGAGAGAUAUUGCCCAGAAAGAAUUAUGGUACAAUGCCCUGGAGGGAGUCCAGUAUCAACGGCAGCAGCGCCUUCCUGGUGUCGCAUACCAGUUGGAGGAACAAAUGGCCUGGCGGAUGCUGCUUCUGGGAGACCAACCCAGAGGGGAGCGGGUAAGACAACUUGAGUACCUCGUGGAAAGGGAACUGAGCCUUGACGCCUCCUACCGGGCACUGUGGUGGUGCACUGUCCAGUCAGAGACGUGGAGGGCAGAGGGCAUCCAGCCGGAGGGGGAGAACUACACUAGCCCUGGCCUGUUGUGGAAGACCUUAGCGGAAGACGUCGACUUUGGCAGUCCAGCAGAGUCACGGUACUGGGCUAUCUUGCAUUACUGA